AUGGACUGUCAGAAGGACCAGCCCCCCUCCCUCCCCCUUGUGGUGGCUCAGUCCUCUGGCUGUACUCACACCACCAGCACCCCUGGUCUCUGGGCAGCAGUCCCCUUCCGGAGAUCCCCUGGUGGGCUCAUUCCAAUUCUCCCCAGCCCAGGAAUCCCCAGGGUCCCCGGGAGUGAGAGACUGUGGUCAGACAGUGCCCAGGAAACAGUCUGCUCAUCAGCAACUCCAGUAAGCCCCAAAGGGGUAUUCGCCCUGAUUGUGUUCUCCUGCAUCUUCGGUGAAGGAUACAGCAACACCUCUGAGUCUUCCCAGUUGUACUGUGUGUUCAAUCAAAACGAGGACGCCUGUCGCUACGGCUGUGCCAUCGGGGUGCUGGCCUUCCUGGCGUCAGCCUUCUUCUUUGUGGUCGAUAUCUACUUCCCCCAGAUCAGCAAUGCCACCGACCGCAAGUACCUGGUCAUUGGUGACCUCCUCUUCUCAGCUCUCUGGACCUUCCUGUGGUUUGUGGGUUUUUGCUUCCUUACGAACCAAUGGUCAGCCACCAAACUUGAACAUGUGCUGGUGGGAGCUGACUCAGCCCGGGCCGCCAUCACCUUCAGCUUCUUCUCCAUCUUCUCCUGGGGUGUGCUGGCCUCCUUGGCCUACCAGCGCUACAAGGCCGGAGUGGAGGACUUCAUCCAGAACUACGUGGACCCCACUCCAGACCCCAACACGGCCUACACCUCCUACCCUGGCGCGUCUGUGGACAACUACCAGCAGCCGCCCUUCACCCAGAAUGCAGAGACCACCGAGGGCUACCAGCCGCCCCCUGUGUACUGAGUGGCCUGGGGUGGGGGUGGCUGGGGCCAGGCUCCCCUCUGCCCCCCCACCUGUCAAGGCCAACUGGCUGGACAGCACAUCUCCCCGCAGCCCACCCCAAGUGCCUGUGCCCCAGGGCCCCAGUGCCAUCUGCGCGAGGCGCUGGUUAGGAAAGAAAGGGUUUUUUAGCUAGACAUUUCCUCACUGCUUUUUAUUUUAUUUGCGGUGCUGGGGUUGGGCCCAGAGCCUUGCGUCCGCUAUGUAAGUACUGUUACUGAGCUGUGUCCCAGCCCCCUUACUGUCAGUGCCCCCCUCCCCCAGCAGCCUGAGGCCGACAGCGCCAAGAGCAGCUCACAGCCACUGGGGCCUCCAGCCCUGGGGCUGGGGAAUCUUUUGGAUUUUCUACCAAAGAAGGGGGCGGGGUCCUCUCUGGGGUGCUGGGCUCAGGAACCUCCUCCUCACUCAGGUUUGCCACCCCAGGCCCCGUGGCCAUCUCCACCCUGUGGCUGGGCCUUGUGCCCACUCAUUUAUCCUCUGGCGUCACCACUGUGCCAAUUGUCCCCAGGCCACCUUGACGGGCGCGGUGGCACUGGUGCCCACCCCAGGGGGCAGCAGACGGCGCUUCCUUCCUGCUCCACCCCUGGUGACAGGCAGGGGCUUUGCCUGAUAACACCCAGCUUUAUGUAAAUAUUCCGCAAGUGUGGGAAGGGCAGGAGUCCCGCACUGCUUGAAUGUACGAAGCUUUGGGAGAGACAGCCCUCCAUUGUUAUACUGGUUCAGAGGUGAAUAAAUGUUGUUCUCAUUCAGCUGCCAA